AUGUUGAGGAUGCAUGGAAGACAUGCUCCCGCGACACAGAAAUUCUCCGCCGAGACAAACUCUGACCAAGCCGGAGAUGAUACAUCACAGCACACCGUAUUAGCGAAUGAAUCUGUCGGCCUCGGCUCGAUAGACCAACCUGGUGGAAGCCCUUACUUGAACAUCGGUCUGAUUGUCCGUGUUGCCGUGGAGAACAGAGUCCAUGCCAUUCACCCCGGGUAUGGGUACCCAAGUGAGAAUGCCGACUUUGCAACGGCCGUCCGCAAUGCAGGCAUCACCUUUGUAGGGCCUAGUUCAAGUGCUAUGGAGACGCUGGGCGACAAGAGAUCUGCAAGGGCAUAUCUCCGUGAACAUGAGCCGUCGGUUCCUCUCAUCCCGGGGUUUGCAGGGAAGAGUCAGGAGUUGGUCGAGCUCGCAAGGUAUUUCGGCUCUGGUGACUGCAUUCGGGAGAAGUACAUGGAGGAAGGCAAGCACAUUGAGAUUCAAUUUAUUGGAGACAGCUAUGGAAAUGUCAUAUCGUUUGGGGAGCGCGACUGUUCCGUGCAAAUGCGACACCAAAAGGUCAUUGAGGAGUCACCAUCGCCAUGGUUGGACGAUGCGAAGCGCAAAGAGAUGUGCGACGUGGCAAAUGCAGGCACUGUUGAGUUUUUCUUUGACGUUGCCACUGGCAAUUUCUACUUCUUGGAGCUGUUUGUUGCAAGCGGAGGCGACUUGGCAACACUUGAACCGCUUCAACAAUUAAAGUCUGUCGGCCAUGCCAUCGAGCGUCGACUAUGCGCUGAGAGUCCGCAACGCGACUUUUACCCUGGGCACGGCAUCGUCCGACUCUGGAGGCCUGCUAGAAACCAUGACCAAGUUUCUGCCACGAGCUCCGUCAGAUUUGAGAUUGCUAUCAAUACAUGUUCUCGUAUUUCCACACACUUCGACUCCAUGAUUGCCAAAAUCGUCGUCUGGGAACUGACACGAUCACUAGCCCGGGCCAAGAUGAUGCAGGUUCUUGCGGACACAGGCUGCGUUGGCGUUGGGACGAAUCAAUUAUUCCUACAAAGUUUCUUGCUGCACGAAAAGUUUUCGAAUCCGGCCUAUACCACCUCUUUUAUUCCUGAUAAUUUAUCUUCUCUUUUAUCGUCUCCGUAUGCCCAAGGUGCCUCCCAAAUUGCAUCUGCGUCGCCUCUAUUGGCGUCGUAUUUCAUCGACACGACACUUAAAAGUAGCCAAGCAGCAAAGGCAGUAAAAGUCAUGUGCCACGUCUGGCAAUUGGGAACAUGGAUCGAUACGACUUGUUUCAGCAUUCUCUCCUACUUUAAAAACAUCCGAGAAGAGGAGGUGGGAACUUCCAGCGAAAAAAUGAGACGUAUCAAUGCUUCCAUGCCAUGCAAAAUACUCUCAGUGUUGAGAGAGGCUGCGCAAACUGUUCAACCAAGCGAGAAGGUAAUGGUGGUGGAGAGCAUGAAGAUGGAAAUCAACAUCUUUGCGUCCGUGGAGGGUGUGUUUAAGCCUAUGAUUUGUCUUGCACUGUUGGAGAAAUUCCAACUAAGCCAGAGGGACACGAUAAGCACUCGCGCCUUCCGCACCCGGGAUCUUGACCACUUCCAAGCAUAUUCCAAGAACGUCUCUAGUAUCACGCGGGUCAAUGACUCCGUCGUCGAGCAGAGCCGCGCUGGUUUAAUAACUCUCGCUGUCUCGCUACACGCUGUUUUCAGGCGACUGCGUUCUCUUUUCCACGGCCGCACUGUCUACUUCUUUGCCCUUGGAUUUGGCGCUAUUCGCCUCAAUCGUUUGCAUAACGCCGGCCAACUGGUCGGGCCCCAUGACAUUGCAGCGACCAAUGGGCCAGAUGAUAGGAAAUCGAGGCUUAUAAGGUCGCCCGCACAUGGCAUGAUUGCCCGCACCGUAUGA